GAAAGAUCGUUGACAUCUGCAUCCUUUUAAUUUAGUAAGUUGUAGACUUAACUCUUAGUUUAAGAACUAAUUUAACUCUUGUAAGACUGAGCCAUACCUGUCAACGUUUGCAUCAUAAAAUACGGCUCGAUUUCACCGUGAGACAGAUAUUGCCCGAGUGUUGCGAAGAUGACCGGAAGCUGUGCUGUUUCGGCAGAAGCUAAGAGGACUCUUUUUUUUUUCAUGAAAGUAAAAUAACGGAAAAAAUGACAUCGGAGAAAUAAUGUAAUGUCAGUUUCUCGGUGAAAACGGGAGGCUUGACAGAGACAAAAUGCCUGGAGACAUCAACAAAGGGAAGAAGGCCUUUGUCCAGAAGUGUGCUCAGUGUCACACUGUGGAGGACGGAGGGAAACACAAGGUCGGCCCAAACCUGUGGGGGCUUUUUGGUCGCAAGACAGGCCAGGCAGGAGGCUACUCUUAUACGGAUGCAAACAAAAGCAAAGGCAUUAUCUGGGAUGAAGAAACACUGAAUGUUUAUUUGGAGAACCCCAAAAAAUACAUUCCUGGAACAAAGAUGAUCUUUGCUGGCAUCAAGAAGAAGAACGAGCGUGCUGACCUCAUAGAAUAUCUUAAAUCUGCAACCUCUUAAAGAAUGCCAUCAUGUUAUCCACCAGGGAAAGCCAUCACAGCUUUACCUCUUUUAUGAGAUGAUCCACCUUGGUGGAGUAAUUGAUAAUCCCUGGUUUUAACAGGUUCAUUUUUUUAACAUAUUAAACCACAUACUGUAUUCAUAUUGUAACAUUUAUGAAAGCUGUGUCAUGUGAUAAGUUAUCAAGAAAUGUAUUUUUUGGUACAUAAACUCUCAUUUGUCUGUCCUGUUUCUGCAACCCAAAUCUUAAAAUGUGAGUCAGGUUGUCAGGACUUUAGUCUUAAAGAUCAAAAAUAGCCAAUUCAUUCCUGUUGCAUAGGUUCAAGACUUGUAGGUAGCGUGACUUCCAUCACUGGACUUAAAGCUACUUGCUUAUUGUACUUAUGAACAUCCCCAGAAAUCAGGCAUGUUUUAAAUGCACAUGUCUGUUGAAUGUUUCAGUACUUUUUGCACAACUUGCUGUU